AAAAAAAAAAUCUUCUUUCUCAACGGAAAGCACUCUGCACGCCGCCGCCGCCGCCGCCGUCGGCUGCCGCCAUGCUCGGCCUGCGGGGCUGCUUACUUACCCAUAUCCUCUCUUCUUCCUCCGCCACCUAUCCCAUAUCCCCUCUCCACCGACUGCUCUCAGCAGCUGCGGCCGACCCAAGCCCCGUGUUCGCCGUCGAGCAGUACCUCGUCGACACCUGCGGCCUCACCCGGCCCCAAGCCCUCAAGGCCUCCGCCAAGCUCUCCCACCUCAAGUCCCCCUCCAAGCCCGAUGCCGUGCUGGCCUUCCUCGCCGGCAUCGGCCUCUCCAGUGCCGACAUCGCCGCCGCCGUCGCAGGUGACCCCCAGUUACUCUGCACCGAUGUGGACAAGACCCUAGCCCCAGUCAUUGGAGGGCUCACCGCCCACGGCCUCUCGCGUACUCAGGUCGCGCGCCUUGUCUCGCUCGGCCGCCCCAUCUUCCGCAAUAGAUCCCUCGCAUCCAACCUACCCUACUACCUAUCGCUCUUCGGAUCCAACCAGAACCUCCUCAAGUUACUCAACCAGAGCCCCCAUCUCCUCGGAUGCAGCCUGGAGAAGGUGGUCAAGCCCAACGUCGCGUUCCUGCGGGAGUGCGGGCUAGGAGAUUGCAUUCUGUCCAAGGUGCACUUCUCGACGCCACACAUACUUUCCGUCAACCCAGAGCGCCUCCCUGCAAUGGUCGCAUGCGCUGAAGGCCUCGGCGUACCCCGCAGAUCUCCGAUGUUCAGGCAUGUGCUAUACGCUGUUGCGAUGGUCGGCGAGGAUAAAAUCGCUGCCAAGGUGGAUUACUUGAAGAAAACUUUCAGGUGGUCGGAUGCUGAGGUGGGUGUUGUUGCUUGUAAGACUCCGCAGCUGCUGUCGAGGUCUAAGGACACGCUGCAGCGCUUGUCCGACUUCUUUAUCGAUGAGCUGGGUUUGGAACCGACAUACAUUGCUCAUCGGUCAGUAAUGCUCAUGUAUAGCCUGGAGAGCCGCCUCAAGCCCCGGUACUACACUGUAAAGUUUCUCGAGAAAAAUGGAUUGGUCAAGAGCUUCCCGAGCUACUCUACAAUUUUCGACAUGACCGACAAGGUAUUCGUGGAGAGGUACAUCUGCCCUCACAAGGAAGCUGCUCCCCACGUAUAUGAAGACUAUGUCGCCGCUUGCAAAGGGGAUGUAUCCACUAGAUUCUUAUCUGCUUGAACCAAGACCCUGACAUGGAAAUGUGGAACUUUUUGUGGCACUACAAAGUUUUCACUCCUUGUAGUAAGCUGUUGGUUACUCUGAUGUGAUCCCGCAUGCUAGGCUUGCGUGAAUGGUUAAAGCCUGACCGCUGGUGUUGAUGAUGGUGUCUCAACUCUCUGGAUAAAUUGAUGAAAUCCAGGUUUGAAAUAAACUGCUGUUGAUGAAUUGAGUAACGUGUUUCUUCUUUAUUAGGAAAAAAGUUGAGGCAAAAAUAGCAUUCGGUCUAACCAGAUGUGUAGCUUUGGUAGCCCAUUGCUCAAGGUAAGUUACAGAUGGAAAUAUAAUUUCAUUUCGAAGAGGUCAAGAAUUUUCCAAUGUGUUCUCUUAUUGCAUAAAGCAACACUGCAACAGCACAUAGUGGUAUAUUGGUCUUUCUGUGAGGUGCAGCUAUUAUAUGCAUUCAUUUUUGUUACUUGCAUUUCUUGAAUGGGUUAGCUGUAUCUAAUUUGAAAUCUGAACCUUAAAUUGCGAUACCAUCAAUUGAAGUUUUUUUUUUAUUCUAGUAGGGGCAUUUCUUUUGUAAUUGGCCUCUCUUAGAUUUAUAAGCAGCUUGCAAUGUAGCUGCUGAAGUGCCAGAAUGUCAUUGGCUGUAGAAUCUGGUUAGGUAUGACUUAUAGCAUUCAAUGAAGCAGUGCCAGAUUCGUGCAGCUGGUUCAGUUGGAAGGAAGGUUAAACUGCUGACUGUUGUGUUGCUGGAUUGAUCAGAUGGUGUAGAGUUUCUUCCAGUGUUAUCGUUUGGAACUGCUUUAUCAACAACAACAACAACAACAACCAAGCCUUUCAGUCCCAAACAAGUUGGGGUAGGCUAGAGUUAAAACCCAUAAGAUCUCGAAGCCAAGUCAUGGUUCCGGAACGUGGAUAGCUAACUUCCACGCACCCCUGUCCAUGGCUAAACAAAUUAUCGCUGCAAACAAAUUAAUUCUGCCCCAAACUAAAGGAACCUGGACAUACAGUUUUUUAUUGCUCUGGUCUUGCCGCUGAGGCUUUUAGUUGUUUAAUUAGGUGGUAGCACAUGUGUGAUUGUGUGGGCAUGAAUCUUGAUGGAUCAUUGAUGUCAAGGGGAGAAAAUAUUUGAGUUGUGGUAAAGCGAUGUUUUGUCUUUAUGGAUGCCAAAGCUCUUUGCAGUAAAUUGUUCGUGAAACAGGGAGAGGCGUCAUGCCGGUCUCAUCUCUCAUCAUGAUCGAAUCCAAUCACUUGAUGCACCGGUCUGGUCUCGUUGUCGUAGGUGAAAUUAAUAGGGCUCAUGGCCAUAAUGGAUAGAAGGUGAUAUUUUGGUCUUGCCACGAGUUGCAGCUAUAGUAUCCAUUCAUAUUUGUUACUUGCAUUUUUUGAGUGGUUAUGGGUAUAUAGUUUGGAAUUUGAACCUAAAACUAAUGUACUAAUAAAGUUUUGGUUAUUUUUAUUCGGAUAGGGUUAGUUCUUCUGAUAUAGCUUCCAUUGGCUUCUCUUAGACUUCAUAAGAAGUUUGUAAUGUAUCUUUUGAAGUGCCAGAAUGCAAAGGGGAAAUAUCCAUUAGAUUCUUAUCUGCUUGAACCAAGACUUUGACAUUGAAAUGUGGAACUUUUUAUGGCGCAACAAAGUUUUUACUCCGAGCUGUAAGCUGGUUAGUCUUGUUUCAAUGUUGUUUGCUAGAUUAGACGCUGUUUAUCCUCUAUUCUAUGUAUGUUAAAUGCUGGUUUGGUCAUUGCUAAGUGCUAAUGCCUCAUGAAACUGAUAAUUCAAUUCCUGAAACCCAACUUGUUGUCAGUAGAGAAGAAAUCAUUGCUUGCAAUGUGUCAAAAAACGAUAUCCAUGAAUAUAUUUAUGUAUCCCACUUUUAUUUUAGAUCAUGAAGAUAACAUGUGUGGGUGGACCAGUUUCUGUCAAAACCAGGAAGCAUUAAACAGAAAGUGAAAGAACUGUGCCGUUUUUCAUUAAAAUAUCAGUAUGGUCUGCAUUCAUACCCAAUUUUAUUUUUCUGUUCCGUUUUCAUUCCUUCAUAUUUUUGCCCCAUCCUAUGGCAAUACUAAAUGGCAGUUCAAUCUUCAAUAAUUAGAUUUCUUUUGUGUAUAUUUAUUUUUCCUUAUUGUUUCUUUCCUCUAAUUCUUAUUCUAAAUUCCUAAUGAUGGAUUAUCUUUGUUCCUAAAUCGAUUAGGCUGUAGCUGGCCUCUUUCUGCAAGGAAAACUUUCAGAUUUGAUACAGUGACAUACUAAAUUAUGAUAAACAAAUGAGUCUAAAUAAAUGGCAUCUGUCAUUUAUUGUGAGAACUAAGACAAUGGAGAUGGAAUGAAUUAAUUUUAUCAUAUUUCUACUAUUCAUUGCUUGCAUAUGUGAUAUUGUAUCUGUUCAACAAACCUACAGGUAUAUUUUGGGAAAAAACGGCCGACAAACUGUAGGUUAAAAAAUCAAUUUGACGAAGCUUCAAAAAUAUCUGCCUUGACUCAUGUCGAAGCUGUUUGAUACUUCAAAGAUAUCUGCCUUAACUCAUGUCGAAGUUGUUUGAUACUUCGAAGUCAUGCAAUAAGCAGCAUGUGUUUUGUCAAACCACAAUUUAAAUUUGCAAUUUGUGAACUAGGUUUUUAUGCUGCUGUUUUCUCGUGCUCUGGUUUUAAAACUCCAUUGGGAUGUAAUUUUUGCCGGGAAAACUUCAAUGGGGCUUAUGGCCACAGUGGAUAGAAGGUGCGAUCUUGUCCAUUUUUUUUACGUGCCUCAGUUCAGACUCUUCAGAGCCAGAGCUAGGUUGUCAACAUACUUCUUAUUUUGAAUCGGGGGGAGUAAUUAGAUUAUGAUUUUGGGUAUAUUUAUUUUGCUCUUUCGGCUAAUUCUUAAUGAAGGAUUUUCUUUAUUGAGCUGGAGCUGCCCUUCCUUCUGCUAGGAAAUUUUCGAACUUGAUAAAGUAACCAACUUAAGCAUGAUCAACACAUCAGUCAUUAAUUGUGAGAACUAAGCCGAGAUGGAAUGAAUCAGUCUUAUCAUACCUUCAACUACUCAUUGCUUGCAUAUGUUAUACUGUAUCUGUUCAACAAAAGUACAAAUAUAUGGCAGCGAAACUGUCCAGAAACUGUAGGUACAAAGAUCAAUUUGGCAAAGCUUCAAAGUUAUCUACCUUAACCAGAUCGAAGUUGUUCGAUACUUCGAUGUCAUGAAAUAAGCAGAAUGUGUUUUGUCAAACCAUAUGUUAAAUUUGUAAUUUAUAAAGUACAUUUUUGUUCUGAUGUUUUCUCAUGCUCUAACUUUCAAAACUUCAUUACGACUUCUUUUUACGGGCAAAAAUUUGAUAGGGUCGAUGGCUAUAAUGGAUAGAAGGUGAAAUUUUGGACUUGCCAUGAGUUGCAGCUAUGAUAUCCAUUCAUAUUGGUCACUUGCAUUUUUUGAGUGGUUGUGUGUAUAUAAUUUGGAAUUUGAACAUAAAACUAUGAUACCAAUAUAAUUUUGGUUAUUUUUACGGGUGUGUCUAAGUCUCAGUCACCUCAGAAAAGUGCAACUGCAGUUUAAAGAAAAGUGCAACUCGGUCCUGUUGCACAUUUCUGGCAGAAAAGUGCAAUUGCACUUUUUUAACAGAAAAGUGCAACUCAAAGCACUUUUUUGUAAGUGACUUAGACUUAAGAAAUUCUCAGUUGACUAAGACAUAGGAAAACCAUAUUUUUACUCGGAUAGGGUUAAUUCUUCUGUUAUGGCUUCCAUUGGCUUCUCUUAGACUUCAUAAGAAGUUUGUUAUGUAUCUUCUAAAGUGCCAGAAUGCAAUCUUCUUAGACUUUACAGGUGAGGAUAUGAAUAACAAACCAUUUCGUGCCUGUUUGAAACACCUGCAGCUGGUUCAGUUAGAAGGAAGGUUACACUGCUGACUGAUGUGUUGCUGGACUGAUCAGAUAUUGAGUUUCCUCCAAUAUAUCUGUUGGGCUGCUAUACUGUUGUAACGAAUUCAGCCUGGAACAUCCUCGUUCUAUAUCUUUUGAGGUGCAGAUCCGGGAAGGAAAUUAUUGAAGAGGUAGUCGAAACUUGAUCAUCAGCUUCAGUUGGAGAUCCGGGUUUGGGUCCGGUGGAAGCACAAGAAACAAGUUCGGUGCAGAAGGAAUCGGCAGAUGCCCCAAUGAUGUUUCACUGCCAUCAUCCAUUGCACACUGAAAGAGUCGCAUGCCGAGUUGGGAAUAAACUUUGUUUAUUUUGGAGAUGGAUGCGUGCAACCUACGGAUGGUGCGAUCACGAUUGACGAGCUUGAUAGAUCUGACAUGUUGGUGCUCUGGUGAGGGACAUCUACUACACGCUUAUCUCUGAACUUCUUCAUAUUUUAGAAUCUCAGCUGUUAGUGCCUGAGGGACAUCUGCUACACGCUUGUAUCUGUGAACUUCAUCUUUUAGAACCUCCAGUUAGUGGUCUGGUGAGGGACAUCUGCUACACACUAGUAUCUCUGAACUUUAUCUUUUAGAAUCUCAGUUGUUACCAAGAUUUUAUUGUAGUACUAUAGGUGUACCAGAUAGAUCACCUAUCUUGCGGGCGAUUUGGCCGGAGUAAAUUUUUUUCUUUUCUAAACAACUGCUGCUACUGUCUACAUUUGCCUCAUUGUAGUAUGAACCCUUUGCUGGGAACGGACGCUGAUGCAAUCAUGCAAGUGCAGUAGCAUUAGCCAUGCACCACAUCGGUGAACAUCUUGCCGUUUGAUAUGUCAAGACCAGAGAGAUUCAUACGUUGAGUUUAGAUGGAAACCUUUGCUUCAAAGCAUUACGUGGAUAGAGUAUGAUGCAAUGUGCUUGGGCGUCUGUUCACAUGGAUCCAAGCUGGUCAUUCUCAGCGUCAUCCACGGCCACCGUGGGUGCGCCGGCGGCGAGAGAAGGCAAUGGAGAUGGAAUGAAUUAGUUUUAUCAUAUUUCUAAGACAAUGGAGAUGGAAUGAAUUAGUUUUAUCAUAGUUCUACUAUUCAUUGCUUGCAUAUGUAAUCUUGCAUCUGUUCAACAAACCUACAGGUAUAUUUUGGUAAAAAAACGGCUGACAAACUGUAGGUUAAAAAAUCAAUUUGAUGAAGCUUCAAAAAUAUCUGCCUUGACUCAUGUCGAAGCUGUUUGAUACUUCAAAGGUAUCUGCCUUAACUCAUGUCGAAGUUGUUUGAUACUUCGAAGUCCUGAAAUAAGCAGCAUGUGUUUUGUCAAACCAUAAUUUAAAUUUGCAAUUUGUGAACUAGAUUUUUGUUCUGCUGUUUUAACAUGCUCUGGUUUUAAAACUUCAUUGGGAUUUUAUUUUUGCCUGCAAAACUUCAAUGGGGCUUAUGGCCACACUGGAUAGAAGGUGCAAUCUUGUCCACUUUUUACGUGCCUUUGUUCAGACUCUUCAGAGCCAGAGCUACCCUGUCAACAUAUUUCUUUAUCACACCCCAUCUGUAUGACAUUAUCUCUUUUGUUUUCAAGGAACAUUGGGCCUGGGCUUAAAUAGUUCUGUUGACAAAUCAGUUUUUUAUCUUAGUAUAUCGGUCAUUACUGUAGUUUGAGAGUUCCAAUGAUUAAGAUAUGGCAAAGUCCUUCAUUGGAUUCAAGGGAAACAUGCAACACAUGUGGUUCCUUUUAUAAGCUAAGAUGGGUCGCUGAAGUAAUAUUUCUUUAGGUAUUCCUCUACAUUUUCUGUAUAUGGUGUUAUCUAGCCAUGAUGGCUCUGUAUUGUCCGUCUUCAUGGAACAAAUUUCCUUUGUCGAAGAAAAUAAUAGACAUGUGUGUUGAUUUUGCAAGCAUUAGUUGCCGAGUAGCUUUUCAGCAGCUGUUUAGCUUUAUUUGUGCCUAAAUGCUCGUUAACUGCAGCAACCAUCAUGUCCUGCCAAUCGUGUCUAUGCAAUGCUUAUUUCCUUCUCUCAGUUUUGGUGUACUCAGCCGAUUGGUAUGACACCCUUAAUAAAGUUGGUUACUCUGAUGUUAUUCCUGCAUGCUAGGCUUGUGUCAAGUACCACCUUUCGACCCUUUUACUGAUAAUUAUGUUCUUAUUUGUGCCUUGAUUUCAGUAAUGCGCGUGAAUGGUUAUAGCAUGACAACUUGUGUUGAUGAUAGUGGAUAAGUUGAUCAAAUUCAGGUUUGAAAUAAACUGGUGUUGAUGAAUUGUGCAAAGUGUUUGUUAUUUAGGACAAAAGUCAACACAAAAAUAGCAUUUGGUCUAACCAGAUGUGUAGCUUUGGUAGCCCAUUGCUGAAGGGAAGUUACAGAUGGAAAUAAAAUUCCAUUUUGAAGAGGUCAUGAAUUUUCCAUUGGAAGUUACAGAUGGAAAUAAAAUUCCACUUUGAAGAGGUCAUGAAUGUGCAUCUAUAAUACCUAUUCAUCUUUGGUUACUUUCAUAUUCGAGUGGUUAUCUGUAUCUAAUUUGGAAUUUGAAUUAAAAUUACGAUACCAUUGCAUUUUCGUAAUUUUAUUCGAAUAGGGACAAUCCUCAUGUUAUAUCACCUCUUAUAAGCUUUACAUGCCCAUUAUUUGAUCGAUUUAUGUUUUAUCUAUUUAUUUAUUUAGGUGGCAGCAAAUGUGUGUAGGGUGGCCAUGAUGGAUGCCAAGGGGAGAAACUGCACAUGUCUCCAACGUUCCACUCCGUUCACAAAUUAAACCGUCUCCAACGUUGAUCCAAUUAUAUUCUUGUAGCCCCAACUGGGAGACGCACAUUAAUUUGUGGGUACG